AUGCACGCCUCCUGCGCAGAGCGGUGGUUUCGCUGGACCACGAUCUGCGAGGUGUGUCGCGGCGAAGCCACGGGCCUGCCCCCGCGCGUGUUGCGGCAGAUCUCCGCGCGUAAGCGCACUCGCGCCGCGGCGGCCUCCCUCGGGUACCGCGGCGCGCAGGCCGAGGUCUCCAUGGCGAACUACAUCCUCGGCUGCCUCCUGCCCGCCCUCCUCAUGCCGCCCGCGCUCGUGGCGUUCUACAUUUCAUACCUCCACUUGGGCGCCCCCCUCACCACCGGACUCGCCAUCUUCGUGCCGUCCGUGUGCCUCGCGCACUGGGUCGCGGCGCCCACGGCAGUGCUCGCGCACUGGGCACUGGAGGCGUGUGUCGUGGCCAGCACGCUUGCGGUCACGUGGGCGCUGGUGGCGACGGGCUGCGGCGCCGCGGGCGCCGCGAUGCUGGGGGCGCUGCUCGGCCUCGUCACCGGCGGCGGACUGCACGUCGUGGGCCUGGCGAUGCUCAUCAGGGCGCAGGCGCGGUGA